AUGCCCAAGACAUUUUUCGGCCCCCGCUUCGUCCCCACGCCCCGCGCCCCAGCGCCACAGCUUGCGGCGCUCGGCAGCGAUUGGCGCAGUGUCCGCCAUCGCAACAUCCCGCUGCAGCGCCUGAGGCCCGUUGUCUCGUAUCCGUCGGAUUCGACUCGCGCGUCUCUGUGGGUGGCAGUGCCGAUCCUCACCGGCGGAGCUGUGCCCCCACGAUCGACGCACGACGGCACGUCGCAAGAUGCUGCCAUGCCCGAGAUAACAUUCAUAUUCGGGCCCAACAACAGCUUCUUCUUCGACUGUCCCAAGACAUGGAAGUUUCACAACAUCCCGCUGACGCUGCGCCAGCUGUUUAACAGUUCCAUGGCCCCGGCCUGGCGCAUCGUGCAACCGUUUUGCCUCGCGCUUGCGCCUCCGCAGACUGGGAGCCCGGAGCCGGUGUGGUAUGUGGGGUGCAAGGUGCUGGCGGGAGAGGAGAAGAUUUUGUACUCCCAAACCUUCUUCGACACACACUAUCCCUCCCUCUCCGCCUGGACCAAAACCAUCCCCAAUGCCCCACGCUCCUGCUACGUGACCUUCGGCGCCGGGUAUAGCUACUUCGCGAGCGCCCCAGGCAGAGGGUCUGUCUGGGCAGCCAUCCCCUCCGAGCUCAGCGACAAGAUACAAAAGGCGUACGACACGCCGUGCUGCGUUGCGCUGGGUGUGAACGAGGCGUGGUUCGUGCUGUGGCCGGAUGGCUAUUACUCCUGGAAGUUUUAUGGGGCGUAUGCGGGGCUGGAUGGCAUUUUGAGCGGGGCGGAGCCGAGGAGUGUGACUUACCUCGCCAUCUCCCCCUACAACCCCAACCACUACUUUGUCGCCUUCCGCAACCGCACCGUGCAGUACAACUUCACGGGCGCGCCGCCAGAGUGGAUGGCCCAGAUGAACGACGUGUUUGCGCAGUGGCAGGCGGAGAUCGCACAAGCACAGCCAGGCAUGCCGUAUGCCCCUCCCGCUCAGGGUCAGGGUCAGCAACCCCAUUUCGCCUCGCCCACGCCAUCGGGCAUGCUCUCCCCGCCGAGCCCAAUCACACCGCUGUCCCAGCAGCCGAAUGUGACGAGCCCGUCGCUCUCGCCGCAGGUGCCCCAAGUACCGCAUGUGCCGCAAGUGUACGCGCAUUACGCGCCGCCGCCGGAUCCUACGGCUGUCGAGAUGCCGGGGAGUCUGCCGGCCGGUAUGAUGUUGGAACCUCCUCCACCGCCGGCGGCGAGGCCGUCGUCGAUCAACGUGAAACGGAAGAAGUUCUUCUCGAAGAUAUUUGAUUGA